GCGUAAUGACUGUUUGCAGGCUGGGUUGGGGGGGGUUGGCUAUUCUGCAGAGCAGUUCUGCUGACUGCAGUAGAGAGGAACUACCUCAGUGCGUCAGCACUCUGAAAUGAAUGAAGAAAAAAACGAAUCAAUCAUAGUGACUGCAGAGAGAGAAGAGUCAACACACUUUCUAAACCUGAUCUUUUGUGUAGCUGUCCUCACAUGCGCUAGUGGCUGGAAGCACGCGCUCUGUAAGAUGUGAAGUACCCCCCAACCCCCCGGUGCUAUAAAUCAAGAUGGCCUUCCUGCUUCUCUUCCUCUUGGUCCUCUCCGAGAGCCGAGCUGACAACUUUGAUGAGGCAUACAGUGACCUGGAACACUACAGGACGAUAUACAUAUCAGAAAAUGGCCCCCGACUCUCAGUUGACACAGCACAACCCAAAGUAAUCUCACAACGUGGAGGCAACGCAACACUGCCAUGCAAGUUCAACCGGGAUCCCACGGCUGCCCCAAAUCCCAAACUGAGGAUUAAAUGGACUAAACUGACUUCUGACUAUCUUAAGGAAAUCGAUGUUUUCGUAGCUUUGGGUUUUCACAAAAAGAGCUAUGGUCAAUUCCAUGGCCGAGUGCACCUUCAGGCUGCCAGCGAGAAUGAUGCCUCACUGGUUAUCACUGAGAUCACGCUGGAGGAUUAUGGGAAAUACAAGUGUGAAGUCAUCGAUGGCUUGGAGGAUGAUACAGCAGUUGUAUCCCUUGACCUGCAAGGCAUUUUGUUUCCAUAUUUUCCUCGACUGGGUCGUUACAACCUGAACUUCCCUGAUGCCGAGAAAGCUUGCAGAGACCAGGAUGCCAUUGUGGCAUCUUUCGACCAGCUGUACGAUGCCUGGAGAGACGGGUUGGAUUGGUGCAAUGCAGGGUGGCUCAGUGACGGAUCGGUGCAAUACCCCAUCACCAAACCCAGAGAGCCGUGUGGAGGCAAAAACACCAUUCCCGGUGUGAGGAAUUAUGGGAUGCGCGACAAGCAAAAAGAAAGAUAUGAUGUCUUCUGUUUCACCUCUAACUACAAAGGACGUUUCUAUUAUUUGAUACACCCUUCCAAGCUUACAUAUAAUGAAGCAGUGCAGGCAUGUCAAAAGGAUGGUGCUCAGAUUGCCAAAGUCGGGCAGAUGUACGCAGCAUGGAAGCUGCUGGGCUACGACCGCUGCGACGCAGGCUGGCUUGCAGACGGUAGUGUACGGUACCCGAUCUCAAGACCACGCAGACGGUGCAGUCCCACAGAGGCCGCCGUACGCUUCUCUGGAUUCCCAGACAAGAAGCACAAACUCUACGGUGUCUACUGCUACAAGAGUGACAACUGAGCAUACAAAACAUACAACUCACGAACUAAAUGUAAUAAUGUAAGGCGUUAGUUCGAGUGCAUUAAAACUGUGACAAAGUCUCUAGAUACUGUAAUACAGAAGGAUUUGAGGAUAAAGAAAGUAACUGGUGUUUGUUUGAAAAAAGGAUUCUGUAGGAUUAGGCACCUCAGGCGCCCUCUUCCCGCAAAAUCAGGAAUUCACUACAAGAUGGCAACAGGACAGGAAUAGUAUUCAUAGGAUGCCACAGAAAUUAUAGCUACGUGUUUCAGGUCUGAACUAUCAUAUACAGCAGUGCUGAAGGAAGAGAUAUUUGACAGGAUUGCAGUAGAAAUUCACACUGUGCUCUUCCAUUUAGCAUGCAGUAGCUUGAGGGAUGUUCUAGAACCGAAUGACAAAAAAGCUUAAAUUCUUUCAACUGAUAUCUUUGGGCAAUUAGUUUGUCAUUGAAAAACAUCACACCAUAUAAAUAGCAUGAUGGAAAAUGUAUUUUCUGUUGAUAGGAAAACAAAUUCAAGAAAAGUGCUAAAUACCAUACAGAACAGUUAUGGCACAAUGAACGCGAUUUUUCCUUUUGCCAUCCUUACAGGGUGCUAAAUUGCAUUAUUUCUUAAAAAACAUACCUUUUUUAAUUUAGUCCAAAAACAGUUUAUGUGUGGACCAAACCAUGUUGAGUCAUACGUCGCAUUAAGAAACAAAACAUUGUUCUGUGAUUUUUUUAACUAUUGAAAUAUACAAGUUGAGUGUUUAUAAAUGUAUGUUAAUUAUCUUUUUCUUGAAACAAUGCGUUUAUAAGAUGUCUCCCCUACGUCACAAUGUAAGAGCUCCACUGUAUCGACCUUGUCACUGUCAAACAUUUUUUUGUCUCCAGGAUCAGGAAGAAAUGUGUUGUUCAUACCACAGACAUUGUAACAAAAACAUUGUGUUUCAAAAGUAAAUCAGUUGUUUUUAGUAUUUCUGUUCUUUUCCAUUUCAGACUUGAAAUUCAUCAAUUCAUGAAACCAUAAAAAACCUAUCUUCAAACAUAGCCCAUAGCAAUGGUGCCAAAUGUUAAUCCAAAUUAGUUUGCUAGAGGACCUCUGCGAAAGAAGGCACACAGCCCAGUUUCUAGCCCAUGUGAUGAGUAGUUUUAGCCUAUGCAUGUUUACCGUUUACAAAUAACAAGACUGAGGUGGUCAAAAAGAUGACAGUGCUAAUGACCAUAUUGUGUUACUUAGUAAAAGAAAAACAGCACACUUAAAUUUAUCUUCUAUUGUAGAAAAAAAUAGACCUUGCAGGUAAAGGUUUACUCAAAGUCGAAGCAAAAAAAAUAAUGGCACAACAAAAAAGUGCAUAGUUAGCAUGUUGCAUUCAGUCUUGUCUAUGGAGCAGUAGACCUUCAGAAAAUAAUGUCAAGCCAAGUCAUUUGGAAACAAACAAUUAAAACAGACUGCCAAGCUAAGACAAAAACAUCUUAAUAUUGUUUUAUUAUUGUUAUCAUUGCUAUUAGAGUGAACACGGACAGUUUAGAACUACGGUCAUGAGUUUUUGCCGCUACACUAAAUUACCAGCUCCACAAAAUAUUUCUAAAUAUUAAAGGUUUCAAAAUAAUUGCAUAUGUAUUCACAUUCAUUUCAUUUUGUUUUGACUCUGGCAACUGUACAUGUGCCUUGUUUACAAGACUUCAGAAUAAAUUUUAGAACUGGAUGAUGCUUAGAUAUGUCUUUAUAGGCAGCGUUAACAUUUUUCACCCUUGUUUUGUGUACAUAAAGUAUAAUUAAACGGAUGAUUUGACUGUAUCAAUGUAAAAAAAAAAAA